ACUUCACGUUUCUUUCUUUUCACACUGGCCUUAAAGAGGAUAUAUUAGAAGUUGAAGUAGGAAGGGAGCAAGCAGGCCGAUGGCGCAAAGGUACGACGAGCUGCCCCACUACGGCGGCAUGGAGGGGGUGGGCAUCCCCACCACCAUGUACGGGGACCCCCACGGCGCCCGCCCCAUGCAGCCCGUCCACCACCUCAACCACGGGCCGCCGCUCCACUCGCAUCAAUACCCCCACGCCGCCCACGCCAACGCCAUGCCCCCCGCCAUGGGCGCCUCGGUCAACGACGCCCUCAAGAGAGAUAAAGAUGCCAUCUACGGACACCCCCUGUUCCCUCUUUUAGCACUGAUUUUUGAGAAAUGUGAAUUAGCUACAUGCACACCCAGGGAGCCCGGGGUAGCGGGAGGCGAUGUUUGCUCCUCUGAGUCUUUCAAUGAAGACAUAGCAGUGUUCGCCAAACAGAUCCGAGCAGAGAAACCCCUCUUUUCCUCUAAUCCUGAACUGGAUAACUUGAUGAUUCAAGCCAUACAAGUAUUAAGGUUUCAUCUGUUGGAAUUAGAGAAGGUACACGAAUUAUGUGACAAUUUCUGCCACCGGUAUAUUAGCUGUUUGAAAGGAAAAAUGCCUAUCGAUUUGGUCAUAGACGAUAGAGAGGGCGGAUCAAAAUCGGACAGUGAAGACAUAACAAGAUCAGCAAACCUAACAGAUCAGCCCUCCUGGAACAGAGACCACGAUGAUACGGCGUCGACGCGCUCCGGGGGAACCCCCGGCCCCUCCAGCGGGGGCCACACAUCGCACAGCGGGGACAACAGCAGUGAGCAAGGUGACGGCUUGGACAACAGUGUAGCUUCCCCCAGCACAGGUGAUGAUGAUGAUCCAGAUAAGGACAAAAAGCGACAUAAAAAGCGUGGCAUCUUUCCCAAAGUAGCCACAAAUAUCAUGAGGGCAUGGCUGUUCCAGCAUCUAACACACCCUUACCCUUCAGAAGAACAGAAAAAGCAGUUGGCACAAGACACAGGGCUCACUAUACUUCAAGUGAACAAUUGGUUUAUUAACGCUAGAAGAAGAAUAGUUCAGCCCAUGAUAGACCAGUCCAAUCGAGCAGUAAGUCAAGGAACACCCUAUAACCCCGACGGGCAGCCGAUGGGAGGUUUCGUGAUGGACGGCCAGCAGCACAUGGGCAUCCGAGCGCCAGGGCUGCAGAGUAUGCCAGGGGAUUAUGUGUCUCGGGGUAGUCCAAUGGGUAUGAAUAUGGGACAGCCAAGCUAUACCCCACCCCAGAUGCCCCCCCAUCCCGCUCAGCUGCGUCAUGGCCCCCCCAUGCAUACCUACAUUCCUGGACACCCUCACCACCCAGCGAUGAUGAUGCAUGGAGGACCACCCCACCCUGGAAUGCCCAUGUCAGCAUCAAGCCCCACAAUGCUUCAUACCGGCGAGCCGGCAGUGAGCGGACAAGUGAUGGACAUUCAUGCUCAGUAGCUUAAGGGAAAAAUAACACGUUGGCUGCAGCGACGGUAGAUUUCAAACAUUGUCUUUCUGCAAUGACUAUGGAGUUCUUGGUGUCAACUUUGGACCAAGGGGACGUUCCGGUUCUUCACAGGGACCCUGAAAAGCAGGAGAACACCAACCGAAGUCAACUUCUGGGGACAUGCUAAAUACCUAUAUAAGACAUUAAGAGAACAAAGAGUGAAAUAUUGUAAAAUGCUAUUAUACUGUUAUCCAUAUUACGUUGUUUCUUAUAGAUUUUUUAAAAAAAAUGUGAAAUUUUUCCACACUAUGUGUGUUGUUUCCAUAGCUCUUCACUUCCUCCAGAAGCCUCCUUACAUGAAAAAAAGAAGAAGCCUUACACUUAUCCUGCAAAUGACAGAAAGGGCUUAUUUGCAGGAUUUUUAGAGCAUUAAAAUAACUAUGUCAGGCAGAAGAAUCUUUCUUCUAUCCUAGGAUUUCAGCCAUGCACACUCUCUCUCUCCCCCCCCCCCCCCCCUCUCUGUCUGUCUUUCUUCCCUUUCUCUCCCUUUCUCCCCGUCUCUCUCCCUCUCUCUCUUUCUAGCCUGGGGCGUGAAUUUGCAUGUCUAAUUCAUUUACUCACCAUAUUUGAAUUGGCCUGAACAGAUGUAAAUCGGGAAGGAUGGGAAAAACUGCAGUCAUCAACAAUGAUUAAUCAGCUGUUGCAGGCAGUGUCUUAAGGAGACUGGUAGGAGGAAGCAUGGAAACGGAAAGGCAGUGUAUUUGAAGCCUAAUUGUCACAUCAGAGCAUCCUUGUCCCCAUGCAGCAACCACCACCUUGUACAUCACUUCCUGUUUUAUGCAGCUCGAAACAUGGACUGAAGAUUUAUUUUUAAUAUGUUGACUUUCUUUCUGGGCAAGAUGUCGGUCAUGUGUGCAUUUUUUUUUCCAUAGUCCCAUCAUGGAGCAUUUAUGUAUACAUUGUAAAUAAAUUUUGUGCAAAAAGGACUGGAAAAAUGAUCUGUAUUAUUGCAAUUUUUUGUAAAAGUAGCAGUUUGGUAUGAGUUGGCAUGCAUACAGAUUUACUAAGUGGGAUAAGCUAAUUAUACUUUUGUUGUGGUUAAACAAAUGCUUGUUGAUAGCCUUUUUCUAUCAAGAAACCAAGGAGCUAAUUAUUAUUAAUAAUAAUCAUUGCACACUGAGUCUUAGAGUUUCUGAUUGAAACAGUUUGGAUUGUAUAAUAACUCAAAGCCCAGUUGUAGUAGUUUGAGUGCAGUAAUGAAAUCUGAAUCUAAAAUAAAAACAAAUUAUUUUUUGUCA